GAACGCCUGGCUGCUUUCAUCCAGGAGGCCAAUGAUAGGGCCGCCGCCACGGCCAUGGAACGCAGUCAGAUUGAGCAAGAAGAGGAGGCCAAGCGACGGAAGGAGGAACAGGACCGACUUCGUCAAGAGGAGGCAGACCUGCAGGCGGCAGCCGAACACCGGUCACGCCAGYGGGAACGACUGUUCACGYGGGAGACCGUGAUCGGCGAUGAGGCCGCACAUUGGGUGGAAGUGRCAUCUGCAGACGGGGCCCCGGAGACUGAGAAAGGGCUGUCAGCCCUUGCGCAGGUCUCCCACGACCUCGUGGCCACAUGCGCUCUGCAGCAGGAGGAAACCCUUCACCUGCAGCAGACGGUGGACCAGAUGCUUGCACGGCUGCAGGCGUUGGAGAAACAGCCAGCUGCUGUAGCGGCCGCAGGGCCUUCCAACCUUACCACCCGUGUGCAAGUUUUGGAGGAUGACGUCAGCAACAUCAAGCGUGUGCAUCAGGACUUCCGGACGUCGCAGCAAGCAACGAACUUGCAGUUGGAGACGCAGGUCCAGGCUGCUGCCACCGUGACGCCCGCCGCCGCAUCCUCCCGGCGCCCACCCAAGCUGGAUGACAUUCCCGUCUUCUGCGAUCAGUCCAAGACGGAACCGAUCCCGUGGUGGCGCCAGUUUACUCUCAGGCUCGACAUGCACCAUGUCCCGAACAACGAUCGACAUCCGUGUUUGUACCACCGAUCUGGUGGUGCAUGUCAAGCAUGGCUGGACAACAUCUUGACCAGCCACGGCGUAGCAGUGUCGGAACUGCACACCAAGCUCACUUGGCACGAGUUGACUGACGCCUGGCACAAGCGAUUCCAAGUGGAGCCGCCCGACCUGCAAGCAAUGGACAAGCUCAACAAACUCCAUCAGAGCACGCUGCUCAAUCAGGAUUGGAUUACCGAGUUCCAAAGACUCGCCUCCACACCUGACCUGCCGCUCGCAUUCCGCGCCAUCAAGCACUUGUUUAUCAUGCGCUUGUGUCCAGCUCUGCAAAACGCGCUGGCGCAGAUUGCAGAGACACUCGACACAUCUGACAAGCUUUUCAGCACAGCGUCACGGAUCAUUCUCACGAAUAUAGAAGCCCGCAACGCCGGCCGAUCUUCCGCGACGACGAGCAGCACCCAGCCCAAGCUAAAGGUGGCUUGCAUUACUUCUACCGAGGCUGCAACACCAAAUGAGGUUGAAGUGUUGGCAGCUGCCCGGGAUGGUGGCCGGCCGCGUAACAAUCACAGCCGCGACAAGACGAAGACUCAGUCCACCUCUACACUGAGCACCGGAUCAGCAGCCGACGAACCUUGGGCACAAUACGGACUCUCGGCGAAUUCCUAUCGCACGCGACUCAAGUACCGUUAUUGCCUUUGGCGCAACAACGCCAUCCACGAUGUUGCACAUUGCCCCACCAAGGGGAAACCCCAUUGGGCAAGCGGCCUGCAACGCUUUGCUAGAUUGCGGCGCAACUCGCAACUUCAUCAGCCAGUCCUUCAUGACUCGGGCUGGCCUUGGCGCACAAGUACGGAGGAAGUCACAUCCGACCACGGUAAGACGAAACAGAUCUUAGACCGUUACAUCUCGGCUGUCCCGGUGUACUUUGCACCGCACGCAUGUGAACCCGUCACUUUUGACGUGUUGGACACCGACUUCGAUGUCAUUUUGGGGAUGCCUUGGCUUUCUAGCGCGGACCACACGGUCAACUUCCAUCGACGCACGCUCACGAUUCGUGAUGCAAUUGGCGCCGAGGUCCCGUGUACUGUUCCUCCUCCUCGCUCUUUCAUUCGGUGCCAAGUCGUGAGUGCCAAAUCUUUUCGAGACACAUGCCGUUCCGAGCAUGUCGAAGAGAUUGGCAUCGCUUUUCUUCGAACCGUCCCAACGACUGACUCAUCGUCCACGGAUGUGUCUUCCGACCCCCGUGUGACCCGGUUGUUAGACGGGUUCUCGGAUGUUUUUGAGACACCCUCUGGUAUAGUGCCGGACCGGCCGAUCUCUCACGAGAUCAUACUUGAGGCCGGCGCCGUGCCACCGAAGGGAUGCAUUUAUCGCAUGUCCGAGGAGGAGCUGAUGGUUCUCCGUGUGCAACUCGACGAUCUACUUGACAAGGGUUGGAUCCGCCCUAGCAGCUCACCUUACGCGACUGUUGCUACACCACAGUCGCCACCUGUCUCACAACAGGGACAACAAUAUCCUUGGUACCCAAAGACCCCACUGAACCCACCUGCAACCUUCUCAGGAGAUGAGAAGGAUGAGGCUCUCGACACAUGGUUGAGAACGGUGCCAGUGUGGGUAAGGGCAAAGAGGACAUUGGUAGAAGAGGAGGUGAUUACUGCUGCAUCCUACUUAGAAGGUUCAACAGCCCGUUGGCUAAACGGAUUGGUAGCUUCAAAGGGCUUCGGGAGGAACAUGCAUGAUUGGGCGCAGACCCAUACAUUAGAAAGCUUUAUGGACUUAGUGGAGGCUCGUUGGCACAACCCACAGCAGACACAGAUUGCCAUUGAUGGGCUCUUAAAGCUUGAUACUAAAAAGUACAAGUCAGUGCGGGAACUCGCCACAGCCAUAGAGCGCCCGAUCGUCGUCCCGGGAGUGGAGUACAAUCCACAGGUCUUGCUGACCAUGUUCCUGAGAUGUCUUCCCACAGACAUUAGGAAUUUAUUAGCCAGUGAGGCUCGACGCGAGUAUCACACCUUUGAGUCAUUCAGCAAGAAGGCCCUAGACUUAGAGGCUACGCUGGGUGGAGCUCAAACCCCUUCUACGAAUGGGAGAAAGAAGAAGACUCCACAAGAGUGGAAGAAGAAGGGUAGUCGAUUGAUGAUGGUUGAUUCCGAUGGGAAUCAAACUGAGAUCGAUGAUAUUUCCGAUAUUGUGGAGGGUUCAGAGUUUGACGGCGAGGAGAGUGUUGAGGGUAGCAACCUCCCCGCCGUCUGUCAGCGGGACAAGCCGCAGACUCAAGCUCCGUUUGGGUUACUCAAGCCUUUACCCAUUCCUGCUGGCCCGGGUCAGAGUAUCUCCAUGGACUUCAUGGACACUCUCGUGACCAGCAAGAAUGGCAAGAGGCACAUCUUCGUCAUAGUAGAUAGGUUCACUAAGUACGCUAGACUAAUCGCCAUGGACAACUGGGUGCGUGACUUUGGACUUCCAAAGAUUAUCGUUAGUGAUAGAGAUGUGAGAUUCACAAGUGAGAUGUGGAAGAAGGUCGUUGAACAGAUGGGCAGGCAGCUUCAGAUGACUUCUGGGAAUCAUCCCGAAGCAAAUGGGCAGGCUGAACAGAUGAACCGAGUGGUGCAGCAUCUGCUGAGGCAUUACAUCAAGCCCAGCCAGGAUGACUGGGAUGAGAAGUUACCUCUCAUCGCCAGUCUAUACAACAACGCUGUACACAGCACCAUCGGUGUCAGUCCUAAUCAACUACAUCUCGGAUGGAAGCCUAGAUCUGCUCUAGACUUCCUCCUGCCUGAAAACCGAACUGCUGCAACGCCUGGAACCAUUGGAUUUGGUGUCCAAUAUGAGAAACUGCUGCAGCAGUCUGUCGAACAUAUCAAGAAAUCUCAGGAAGUCAUGAUUGCUUCUGAGAACAAGCGUCCCCGACAGUCCACAUUUCAGGUAGGGGAACGCGUCUGGGUCAAGGCUAGUGAGUUGGGACAGGAGUUUGGCAUCUCUAGAAAACUAAUGCCGCAGUAUUUCGGUCCCUGGGAAGUCCAGGACAUUGUCGGGAAUGAUAUGGAUGGUCCUUCGUACGUCAUUCGUAUCCCUGGUCACUUACGCACUUACCCUGUGUUUCACGCCUCCAAGCUUGCACCUUUCGCUGAGACAGCACAACUCCCAUCACGGAGAUCUAUGCUGCCCCCAACCAUGGAUGGCCAAGUGGACGUCGACGACAUCCUGGAUCACAGAGAUACUCCUGUUCCUAAGCCACCUGGAAGGGGAAGACCUCCCAAACCUGCGAGGGAAUACAGAGUACAUUUCAAGCAUCAUACAGAUCCGAAGGAAGAUCGAUGGAUUUCAAGGGAGGAACUUGUCAAGACAGCUCCUCAGAUCGUGGCGGAUUAUGAGAAAAGACUGAAGGGGAAGGCACCAGCAUGAAGCAUCUCAGCGGACUUUCGAAGCUAAGGGGGAUGGAAUGUGAGGAACAAGCCCUCAAGUGGCCCCUAUCAGACAUCACAUUGUUCUGGGCCAAGACCCCAGCAAGCCAAGUGCCCGCCCUAAGUAAAGGCGGGCCUGAAUA